CUUGCAUGAAGCGGAGAUCAAAUAUAAAGGAAAUACAAUGUGACAAUCGUGCAGAUCGAGAAACGAGUUUAAAAGAAUUUGAUAAUCUAAUUGUAAAUACACCCAAACUUUUGGGCGGCCUUUGAGAAAUCUGCAUUUAGCUUCUUCAAAUAAUAUUAGUCAUCAUGGCCGCAUCUCGUCUAAUUCUUAAUCUGUGUGCAUAAUAUGGCGUCAUGGAUGUGCGUUUCUGGAAUUUUUGGCAACUGUGUAUUAUAGGCAUAAGCAUAACUAUGCACGUUUGCAGCGCACCAGUUCCUUCCAAACACGUCAAUGUGAUUGUUUUUGUUGAAACGCUCAGGGUUUAACACAUUACGUCGUACCACAUUCUACACCUUGCCGCUUGGAAAUCGGCCAAAUUUGUGUCUGGUAUCAAGCUAGCCUGAACAGAUACUUUCAGACAUCUAAUUUCUUCACCUCAUUCCUGAGACAGGACUGCGCCCACCCAUUGUGUAAGCAAUUUAAACCUGAUAGCAAACGAUCAUCUGCCUAUCUUUACACUGCAAAUAUCUGUUAACUUUUGAUCGACUCAAUAUCUUAUGCGCUUCCAAUAUCUAAUGAGCUUCUUUACCAUUGUCUUUGUCAUAUAAGCGUUAUGGUUUAUAUGUACAAAGAUCCAUCCGGGCGGUAAACCUCUUCUGAUUUAUCGAUUUAUUUUUUUAAUGCAAGACAAAGCAGAACUUUGAUUUGUGCAAUCGAGAAGCUGUCAAGACUCCUGUCUGACGCGCGCUCGUGUUGUUUUCUACUCAUGGAAAUGCUCAGUACAAGUGCCUGAAUGUGCACACCGACAAAACUUUAGUAAUAUGAACUUAUUGCCAAGUGGAAAAUGUUUUUAUUUAUCUGUAGUAAUCUGCUGGCUAACGUCAAGGGUCGACGGAUCUUUAUGGUACAUGGGAACCCUUGGGUCGCAAGUGAUGUGCGACAACAUCCCAGGGUUAGUCAACAAACAGCGGCAGCUGUGCCGCCAGCAUCCCAACAUUAUGCAGGCGAUCGGAGCCGGGAUUAAAGACUGGAUCGGGGAGUGCCAACAUCAGUUUCAGAACCACCGCUGGAACUGCAAUACCAUAGAGCGAGACCACAAUGUGUUCGGACGCCUACUGCUGCGUAGCAGUCGUGAAGCAGCCUUUGUGUACGCUAUCUCCUCGGCCGGGGUGGUCCACACCCUGACCCGAGCCUGCAGCCAGGGAGAGCUGCAGUCGUGCUCCUGCGACCCCACCAAGAAGGGCUCGUCCCGGGACGCCAAGGGGGCGUUCGACUGGGGCGGCUGCAGCGACCACGUGGAGCACGCCAUGAGGUUCAGCCAGGCCUUUGUAGAUGCCAAAGAGCGGAAGGAGAGAGAUGCCAGGGCUCUGAUGAACCUUCAUAACAACCGCGCCGGGAGGAAGGCAGUGAAGCGAUUAAUGUCUCUGGAGUGUAAGUGUCACGGCGUGAGCGGCUCCUGCAGUGUCCGGACCUGCUGGCUGGCCCUGGCCGACUUCCGCCGCACGGGCGACCAUCUGCGGCGGCGCUACAACGGGGCGGUGCAGGUGGCCAUGAACCAGUAUGGCACGGGCUUCACCACCGCGCAGCGACAUCUUAAACGGCCCAGCAAGAACGACCUGGUCUACUUCGAGGACUCGCCAGACUACUGCAUACGAGACCAAGAGUCUGGUUCGGUGGGGACGGGCGGGCGGGUAUGCAACCGGACAUCUCGUGGCGUGGACAGCUGCGAGGUGAUGUGCUGUGGCCGGGGCUACGACACAUCGCACAUGAGCCGCAACACCAAGUGUGAGUGCAAGUUCCACUGGUGCUGCGCUGUACACUGCCGGGACUGCAAGCUAGAGGUGGAUGUGCAUACCUGCAAGGCCCAGACGUGACCAUAGUGAACCAUCAUACCACCAACCAACCGCUUGCACAACGUCUGUCUGAAAUGGCAGCCUAUUCCCUAUUUAGUGCACUACUUUUGACCAGAGCUCCUAUGCCACAUGUAGGCUACUCCGCCAAUAAUGCCUUUUUACAGUCCAAAGUUACCCAAUCUAAUUUUGUUCUUCCCUUACAUUCCAUUAUAUUUAUUUACUUUUUUUGAGUACAAAAUAACCUUUAUGUAAAUACAAACUCUGUAAUUUAAAAGAAAGUUCAGUAUAGAUGGGUUAGCUGACCAUGUCACAAACUGUGUGCGCACUUCCACGGGGCGGAAGUCCGCGCGGUGUGAUUCUGGAAGGCCAGAUUGCUAGCAAGAAUGACAAGAAAGUGUCAUGUGGGGAAUCGUAAGUGGCUCGUUUCAUGUUAUUCAUUGAUACCAGGUCUUGUUUUGAGGUGUUUUGACUGAUUUCAUGUCAAUGCUAAUAUGGCUAAAAUUAGCGAGCUAGCUAACCAACAACGUAUUUGAGACAAGUGCUCAUUGUGCAAAUCUAUUUCUUUUCAAUAAACAUUGGGGACAUGUCAACUAUCUAAGCCAACCCCCGUCUGUUGCUAAACAACCCAAUGUCUACAUAGUUUAUGGAAAUUGAUAGCAGACCUGGCCACAACCCCCUUUCCUCAACAAG